UCAACGAAACCGAACGUAAUCUGCCGGACGCUCUGCACGUUAAACGAAAACUUAUGCUCAUUCCGCGUCUCCACCUGGGCGGUGACGCCGUUGCUAUUGACAUCUCACGGGCCCUCACCAACUAGCAGUUCCAUGGUCCGUACUGUGCCGUCGCCCAAGCCCCCGCAACCUCGUCGUUUAGGAAAGAUUCGUUUCGGCUGCAACGAGUUCGUGCGCUUGGAAUCACGCUUCCGGACGUUGAAGUGGCCUGAUCCUGAUCAGCGUGAUAAUUUCGUUGCGAAGCUUCGUAGUAGAACCAGGUUCAGCUAGUCCAAUAAGGAAAAUGAGCUGGAGCAGAAUAGCACCAGUUCUCGGUUGCCGCUCGAUUUUGGCCGUAAGGACCCGCCAGGAUUUUGGGCGGAAAUCGGCGAGCCAAAAUAAGGACGGUCGAUGUGGUCAAGAUUGAAGAGAAGGUAGAUGACGUUUUGGAACGCCUUUUCCGGCAAGAAUUGUUUCUUACGAUGGAAAUCAACCGGUAAACCUGCAGCGAUGGAUCAACUAGGCCAACGACACCGUCUACGAUAGUCGAGGACCUGAUAAGGACAGGAGCGGUGCGACGGCAGGAUAAACCUCGUGGAUAGCAACGUAAACCCUUCAGCAUUCUCAAGACGGAAAAUCAAGAACCAUCCAGUACAGUUAUGUGCCAAAAAAUGCCCCGGAGUCCCGACCAGCCACAUCUUUCAUUAGGCACACGAAGAUGACUCCAACCACAGAAGAAUCGGAAUCAGAAAAAACCAACCGGACAAUUCCGUGCCGCUCAACGAACCUGCCACCGUUUCAGACACUCCUCUAUGCACAACUCCCCGGCUCGGAAAAGGAAGAGAACCACAAUGGCAUGGAUAAGAACCAGAACCGAGCCGGACUUCAACUCAGACGCCACGAUGCUGGUCUGAAACGUUGCCGCCCGUCCUCACCAGGACCACCUCGCAAUAGGCGCAGGAGCGGUCUGCGGAAGGGGAAUCAAAGUAAUCAUCAGUUCAGGGAGGACGAACACGACGGAACGCUCGAGCGGUCACUGGCAGGAUUUACCGCGAUAAGAUGGACGAAUACUCUAUUUCUGCAACGUCCUCGAGCUGUGGCAGCUAAUCGGCCAACCGCCAACGCCAGCGCCACAAAUCGGUGGGGGAACUCCACAAGCAGCAGCUUUUGCAGCGCUCCAAGCUCGGCGGGACCCAGUUCUUCGCCAACAAAACCCAACAACAGCAACAACUCGGACCUGGAGGCGGCAACGGCAUUAAACCUUGGCCAAGAAGACUAACAAGAAGCAGAAUCACGCGGGAACGCCGUCCGCAACCGGCACGCGGCCAUGGCACUGCAAGCGCUCUCGGAUUGAUGCCGCCCGAAACCUGCUCGAAGAACGGCUGCGGCUUAGCAAGUUCCUUCCGAAGCGACGGGUUGGAGACGCGUUUUGGUUUAGAGCAAACAGAACUUUUGCACGAUCCUUGAAAUCCACUACCCCGCAAGCUCAUUCUGGAACUGCCACACCGGACGACCACGUUCCUGCACCGCCAUGCAAGUUCCCUCGGAACGACCGGUACACGAACUCUUCCAGGUCCAGAUCAACCGGAACCUGUCCCGCUGUACCCAAAGCCCUUCCUCGAAGACCGUCCUACCGAGGAACUCGUGCUGAAACAAACCAACUAAACUAAUUCGCGAUCAAAAGCUCAAAAAUUCCGACAGAUGGCGCAAAGCAUCGAAGAAUGACGAUCCAAAUUUUCGCUGUUCGGUUACAUAGGAAUGCAAACUUAAAGUUGAAUUUACAGCUCAUAGAACAACUUUUGAGAAAAAAAUCAAGUACACUCAAACCCCGAUGGUUUGACACCAACUGUUGUCAAACGAGCGGGGUCACUUUUUAGUUUGACACCCCUUUUACACGGAGUUCACACACACUACUGAACGUUUGUUUUGAUAGUGUGCGUGAGCGCCGUGUAAAAAGUGACAGUUCGUCACUUUUUAGUUUGACUUUGACCAACCAACGGGGUACAAACUAAAAAAGUGUCAAACGAAAAAGUGACCAACCACCGGGGGUUGAGUGUAGUACG